ACAAACCAUGGAGCAACUAGCCCACUUUGUGACAAAAUCGUUCGAAUACAACAACAGCCGCGUGUUGGACAUUCUGAAUAUGAGCGCCGUAGGAGGUGGCGUCGGCACUGGUGCGAGUAGUCGGUUGGGUGAGGACUUCCUAAGCCGAAGCUCCGACCCGGAACUGAUGUCGAACAACAGUAGUAGUGGCAGUGUUGGUGAAAAUGGCGACCUGGAAGAGGAAAUUCAUAGCCACACGUUGGCGCAGACCCAGCAUCCUACCUCGCCGACGAUGGAGGGCCAGGAGCGGGACGAAGACGAGGAAUCGAUCGAUAUCGAAAUCACAGAUUUGUCGUACAGUAGUGGUGUUGGUGGGGGAGCUAAUGGUAUGAUGAAUGGUAGUAGUGUUCAGAGUGAUAGAAUCAAACCAAUUUCCUCGAUAUCGACGGUUGUGGAAAGCAGAUUCAGCAGUGGCACUGGUACUAACAAUAACAAUGACAGUAUAAUUAGCAACCGGAAUGAAGCAAGCGUAAUUCGAAAGUACGACAAUAGGCUGCUAGUUAUUGAACGCGAAAAAUCUCUGGAUGAUGAUUUCGAGAAAACGAUGACGAAAGCGCCGGUGAUAAAGAAACAUGUUCCGAAAAACUGGUUGAUUGCCGAUUUGGUAGAAGAGAGGAAAGACAAACACGACAAACCGAAACAAGACGUUGCCUUAAAUCUGGUCCGUGCGGAGAGCGAACCCAGCUACAAAUCAACCGACACAAAUCUACUAGUCCGACCGAAACCCGCCUCCGAACUGUUGAAACAAAGCGUAGACCUAAUCAACGGCCAUGGUUAUCCACCACCUCCGGCACCACCGACGCCUAACCCUGUGCAAUCUGAUGGAAAUUCCAGCUUCCACCCAUCGUCGCAGCCCACCCACACCAACCAUGCGGACAACGACUCCGACACAGACAAGCGUGAUUCGAUUUCACCGGACGAGCAAGAUCAAGAUGAUUCCAAUGAACCGAACACCGGCCACCAUCCGAUUGGCGAAGACAAGCUUAAGUCCUCUCCAGUGCCGUCGGACUCCGUUCUCAACGGUCACGGAGGCGGACUGUCCAAUCUGGCGGCCAGCAACAAGCAGCGGCGUUCGCGGACCAACUUUACCCUGGAGCAGCUGAACGAACUGGAACGGUUGUUCGAGGAAACGCACUACCCGGAUGCGUUCAUGAGGGAAGAACUCAGCCAACGGUUGGGAUUAAGUGAGGCGAGGGUGCAAGUCUGGUUUCAAAAUCGACGCGCCAAAUGUCGGAAGCAUGAAAAUCAACUGCACAAAGGGAUCAUCCUGUCGAGUCACAGCCCACCGGUGACAACCCCACUGGAACCGUGUCGAAUGGCACCGUACGUGAAUGUCCCGUCGCUACGAGGCUCCGGUGUCAACGUGGGAGGACCGCCCGGUGGGAUGACGUCUCCACCGGGGGUCAGCGCGGCAGCUGCUGCCGCUGCCGCCGCUGCUGCCAGUCAUCCCGGAUUCCCCGCGGCAGCGUUUUCCGCCUUCGACUCGGCGUUCAUCUCGGCAGCGGCACAUCAGUACGCGGCUGCGCUCUCCUCUGGAACCGUUCCGACGGGGCUGUUCUCGCUGUCCCAGUAUCGACCGACCGCGGCGACGGCGGCCGCGGUGGCAACGACGAGUGGCCUGGCGGUAGCUGCAGCUGCCGCCGCAGCUUCCGUUUCUCUGCCCGGAUUCACCGUUGCGCAUGAUAAAAACUCCAGCAUCGUCGACCUGAGGCUGAAGGCGGAGAAGCACAAAGAGAACCAGAAAAAGAUUGUAAAUAACGUGUCGUCGUAAAAGAGCUAAGGGAUCCAUCGGACACCAUUCCCCAAAACGGUCUCCUUUACCCCACCAUUCGUUGACGCCCUGUCAGGACGCCGCAAUGUGUGUAAUUUAUGUUUGUCUAUUGUUCACAGGAUUUAUUUAAUUUACGAAUUAAUUUUAAUUACACUUCCAAAGUUAAUUUCGUUUGAG